AGGACGCCGAGAUUGGAAGGGGGCGGGGACAGAACCAGGGACUGGAAUACCAGGGAGGCACACGCGAGACAGGAAUCGGGGUUCCUGGGUGUGGGGUGAUCGGGGGCGUGCAGGAACUCCGGAAGCCCAUCGACCAAAUCGUGGGCUCGUCGCCCUGGGUUGCCUAUGUCUACGCAAGCGGGAGACAGGCCUGGCGCUCCAAAUCGGGGGUCGGGGAGGCGUCAUCCGGCUUGGUCCCCAGGAUCCUAUCGGCGGACCCCCGACUCAGCGUAGGGCCCGGCCGGACAUGGCCGAAGCGCACCAAGCCGUGGGCUUCCGACCCUCACUGCCCUCGGACGGGGCGGAAGCGGACCUCAGUGCCUCGGCGCUGCAGGAGAUCUACCUGUCCGGACUGCGCUCCUGGAAAAGGCAUCUCUCCCGGUUCUGGAAUGACGUUCUCACUGGUGUGUUCCCUGCCAGCCCCCUCAGCUGGCUCUUCCUCUUCAGUGCAAUCCAGCUCGCCUGGUUCCUCCAGCUGGAUCCUUCCCUGGGACUGACGGAGAAGAUCAAAGAGCUGCUGCCAGAUUGGGGUGGACAGCACCACAGGCUUCGCGGCGUCCUGGCGGCCGCACUGUUUGCUUCGUGCCUCUGGGGAGCCCUGAUCUUCACACUUCACGUGGCUCUCAGGGUGCUGCUGUCCUACCACGGCUGGCUCCUCGAACCCCACGGAGCCAUGUCCUCACCCACCAAGACUUGGCUGGCCCUGGUCCGCAUCUUCUCCGGCCGCCACCCAAUGCUCUUCAGUUCCCAGCGCUCCCUGCCGCGCCAGCCGGUGCCCUCGGUGCAGGACACCGUGCGCAAGUACCUGGAGUCCGUCCGGCCUGUCCUUUCGGACGAGGAUUUCGACUGGACGGCGGGCCUGGCUCAGGAAUUCCUGCGGCUGCAGGCGUCGCUGCUGCAGUGGUACCUGCAGCUCAAGUCCUGGUGGGCGUCCAACUACGUCAGUGACUGGUGGGAAGAGUUUGUGUACCUUCGCUCCCGCAACUCGCUGAUGGUGAAUAGCAACUAUUAUAUGAUGGACUUCCUGUAUGUCACGCCCACACCCGUGCAGGCUGCUCGCGCCGGGAACGCUGUGCACGCCCUGCUGCUCUACCGCCACCGCCUGAACCGCCAGGAGAUCCUGCCGGUAAGAGGGCGGCCCCGGGGGACAGAGGCCGUGGUCCUGUGGCCACCCUCCUGCCCGCACACUCUGCCCACCCACCCAGACCACCUGCGCCACCUCCGGGACAGCCGGCACGUGGCCGUGUUCCACCGGGGCCGGUUCUUCCGCGUGUGCUUUUUGUGCUUCAUAGCAACCAGUCCCUCGCCCGCCUGCCCGCACGAGGAGCACCUGGCAGCCCUGACCCCCGCGCCCAGGGACCUGUGGGCGCAGGCGCGGAGGUCCCUGAAGAGCCGCGCGGGGGAGGCCCUGGAGGCGGUGGAAGGGGCCGCUUUCUUUGUCUCUCUCUCCCGCAGCUGGUAUGACAAGUCCUUCACCCUCAUCGUCUUCUCCAACGGCAAGCUGGGCCUCAGCGUGGAGCACUCGUGGGCGGACUGCCCCGUCUCAGGGCACAUGUGGGAGUUCACUCUGGCCACUGAGUGCUUCCAGCUGGGCUACUCGGCAGACGGCCACUGCAAGGGCCACCCUGAGCCCUCCCUGCCCCGGCCCCAGCGGCUACACUGGGACCUUCCAGACAAGGUCCACCUGUCCAUCGCGCUCGCCCUGCGGGCAGCCAAGACCUUGUCCGGAGACACGGACUGCCACGUCUUCCCCUUCUCCCACUUCGGCAAGAACUUCAUCAGACGCUGCCACCUGUCCUCGGACAGCUUCAUCCAGACGGCCUUGCAGCUGGCCCACUUCCGGGACAGGGGGCGCUUCUGCCUGACUUAUGAGUCCGCCAUGACGCGCCUGUUCCUGGAAGGCCGGACGGAGACAGUGCGGUCCUGCACGCGGGAAGCCUGCAACUUCGUGCGAGCCAUGGAGGACAGAGAGAAGACAGACUCCCAGUGCCUCUCCCUGUUCCGCCUGGCGGUGGACAAGCACCAGGCUCUGCUGAAGGCGGCCAUGAGUGGGCAGGGCGUGGACCGCCACCUGUUCGCACUCCACAUCGUGUCCCAGCUCCUCCACCUGCAGGCGCCCUUCCUGGACCAGGUUCGCUCGGAGCAGUGGCAGCUGGCCACCAGCCAGAUCCCCGUGCAGCAAACCCACCUGUUUGACGCCCACAACUACCCCGACUACGUGUCCUCCGGUGGAGGGUUUGGGCCUGUGGAUGACCACGGCUACGGUGUUUCUUACAUCUUCAUGGGGGAUGACACGGUCACCUUCCACAUUUCCAGCAAAAAAUCAAGCACAAAAACGGUGAGACCCACCGAACCACCCGCCACCUCCUUCCUCAGGACCCAGGAGUCUGGACCCGUAGCUCCCUCCUCUCCAGAACCGAGUCCAGACCCCCAGCCCCAACACCCAGCGCUGCUGGACCUGGCCUCCCUGUUCCAGGAGGGGCAGCGUCUGAAGCGAGGGUGCAGGGGGCGGGGGAAGGAGGACGCGGGGAGCAGGCGUGGGUCUCUCCCCGGUCACUAGGGGCUCCGGGGCACCCCCUGCCGCCCACCAACCUGUGAUCUCUUCCAGUGGGACCUGGUCUCCCCGGGAAGUCGUGGGCGGGGCUCUGUGGCUGGGCUGGUGCAGGACGGAGGCACCCUGUGUGGGUUUGGAAACUCCACAUCUGGACCAAUAAAGAUGCGUGAGCUGGG